UAAAUAAAUCAAACAAACACUCCACAUUCUCAAAAUCAUAUUUUCUUAUCACAUAAAGAUAAAGAAAGAAGAAGAUGGCAGCUUCGUCCAACUCUUCCAAGUCAUUCAUGAAGGUGGUAGUGAUGGUGGCGCUGGUCCUGGUGGUAGCAGCAACGGUGGUGGAUGGACAGAGCUGCAAUGCACAGCUGAGUGGACUGAACGUGUGUGGUGAGUUUGUGGUUCCCGGAGCUGACAGGACCAAUCCGAGUGCUGAGUGUUGCAAUGCUCUCGAGGCAGUGCCAAGUGAAUGCCUUUGCAACACGUUUCGCAUUGCCUCUAGGCUUCCCUCUCGUUGCAACAUCCCUACACUUUCAUGCAGUUGAUAUGGAUCCUCCCAUUUAAAUUCUAGACGCUACAUCUUUGUAAGAACAUGCCAUAUAACGUAUUAGCCUUUAAAACGCAUUCAUAGUUUUAUAUGUGUAGUAUCUAAAAAUCUCUUCUUCUUCUUUUUUUUUGUAUUGAACAGGAGAAGCAUGGAUGGAAAUAAAGGAGAUGGAUAUCUAAGAAUAAAAAAAACUCAAAGUUUGAGUUGUUGUUUUUCGUCAUUGUAAAACCAAUGGAUUUCGAAUAAAAGUGAAUAAUACUG